AUGUGGUGCGCGGGGUUUUUUCUGCGACCCAUUGCGGGCAUCGCGGGCACAACAGCAGAAGCGGCCCUUCGAGGCAGCAGAGGCAAUCGGCCUUCCUUACUGGCUGCUGAAAUCUUGCGCUGCGCCGAUGGUGCACAGGUGUUGCGUGUGGGCGCUGCAACCCAGUUGCCCUUCAGUGAAGCAGAUUUGCAAUGCUUCCUGAGCCGCUUGAAGGAGCUCCGAAAGAUGCCGAUCUCAGGCAGCGACUUGCGCAGCUUUUUGAAGAAAGUGGAGGAUUCGCUGCCGAAGCUGAGCCCGGAGACGGCGCAUCUGGCGCUGACGAUCUUUGCAGAGCUGCGAUGUCGUCAGGGGGCCGUUUUUGCGUGGCCUCUGCUGCUAGAGCAUCGCGCCGCGCUGCCGGCCGCGAAGCUGGCGGAGGCGGUGUGGGCGGCCUCUGCGGUGCCGAGCCCACCCAAGGACCUGUUGUAUCAGGCGGUAGGUCUGGCAAGGGAGUUGACCCCACAGCUGCCGGAGCUACCCGAUGAGGCGCUCUACCGCUGCGUCUACGGUCUGGCUCGGAUCCACAGCGGCCGGGGCUCGGCGCUGUAUCUGCGCAGCGCGCAGCGCUGCGCGGUGCAACUGCUGCAGCGGAGGCCGCUGCAGUUGAUGCCGAGGCAGUUGGUGAGGUUCUGUUGGUCAUUGGCACGCCUCGGUUGCCGGGAGAAUGUGGUCUAUGAAGCCUUUGAAAAUUCUUUGCGCGACGUGUUAGACAAGCUUCAAUACAAGGACUUAGAGGCGUUGUAUAGCAUUCUGACGGAGCUGGAGCGCGUGAACCAGUGGAAGUUGAUCCACGACGUGGAGCGUGCCAUGGCCUCGCGCGGGGAGGACGACAGCGCCAAGCGCCCGCGGAAGAAACCCUUCCGACGCCGCUGGACGCGGGCGGAUCUGAUGCACACGGUGCUGGCAUAA